UGUCCCAGUCCCUCCCCACCUCCCCCAGAGUGCCCCGGCCGAGGUGACGCCUUCCUCCUCCUCCUCCUCGUCGCCCCCGCCGUGCCGCUACACGCUGUCCGAGCACCCCGCGGCCGCGCUGGCGGCCAUGAACGAGCUGCGGCUGCAGGGCCAGCUGUGCGAUGUCACGCUGCGCGUGCGGCACCGGCGCGACGCGGCGCCCACCGAGCUGCGGGCGCACCGCGUGGUGCUGGCGGCCGCCAGCCCCGUGUUCCGCGCCAUGUUCACGGCCGGGCUGCGCGAGCGGGGCCUGGCCGAGGUGCCCAUCGAGGGCGUGCAGCCGCGCGCCAUGGAGCGCCUGGUGGAGUUCGCCUACACGGCCGCCGUGGCCGUGGGCGAGCGCUGCGUGCUGCCGCUGCUGCACGGCGCCCUCAUGUACCAGGUGGACGCCGUGGUGGGGGCCUGCUGUGCUUUCCUGGGGGGGCAGCUGCACCCCAGCAACGCCAUCGGCAUCGCGGCGCUGGCCGAGCGCCUGGGCUGCCAGGAGCUGCUGCAGAGGGCCCGCGAGUACAUCUACAUGAACUUUGCUGAGGUCUCCAAGCAGGAGGAGUUCCUGUCCCUGUCGCACUGCCAGCUGGCCGCCCUGCUGAGCCGCGACGAGCUGAACGUGCGCGGCGAGUGCGAGGUGUUCCAGGCGUGCCUGGCCUGGGUGCAGCAGGACCGCGCCGCCCGCGCCCCGUUCCUGCCCGCGCUGCUGCGCGCCGUGCGCUGCCACGCGCUCCCGCCGCGCUUCCUCCGCGCCCAGCUCCGCCGCGCCACCAUCGGCCGCGACGCCCUGCGCUACCUGGCCCAGGUGUUCCGCGAGCUCUCCCUGCACAGACCCUCCGGGGACCACCCCCCCGGCAGGACCCCCGGGGUCCGGCAGCUGAUCUACGCGGCCGGGGGGUACCUGGGGAGGUCGGUGGGCACGCUGCAGGCGCUGGAGCCCGAGGGAGGGCGGUGGGUGAGGCUGGCGGAGAUGGAGACGCCGCGCUCCGGCCUGGGGGGCUGCGUGGUCGGGGGGCUUUUCUACGCCGUGGGGGGCAGGAACAACUCGGCCGAGGGGAACACGGACUCGGCGGCCGUGGAUUUCAACCCCGUGAGCGGGCGCUGGGCGCCCUGCGCGCCCAUGAGCGUGCCCAGGAACAGGAUCGGGGUGGGCGUCAUCGACGGGCUCAUCUACGCCGUGGGGGGGUCGCACGGGGCGCACCUGCGCUCCGUGGAGAGGUACGAGCCCGAGCGGGACGCGUGGGCGCCCGUGGCCCCCAUGGGCACGCGGCGCAUCGGGCUGGGCGUGGCCGUGCUGCACCGCCUGCUCUACGCCGUGGGGGGCUUCGACGGCAGCCCCCGCCUGCGCUCGGCCGAGCGCUACCACCCCGAGAGGGACAGCUGGCAGCCCAUCCCCCCCAUGGCCGCCGUCCGCAGCGGCGCAGGGGUGUGUGCCCUCGGGAACUGCCUGUACGCCAUGGGGGGCUACGAUGGCACCCAGCAGCUGAGCAGCGCCGAGCGCUUCCAGCCCGACACCGACACCUGGAGCUUCGUGGCACCCAUGGGACACCGCAGGAGCGCCCUGGGCGCCACGGCCUUCCGGGGCAGGAUCUACGUGCUGGGGGGCUACGACGGCCACUCCUUCCUGGACUCGGUGGAGUGCUACGACCCCGAGGCCGACGCGUGGACCGAGGUGACCCCGAUGCCCUCGGGGCGCAGCGGGCUGGGGGUGGCCGUCACCAUGGAGCCCUGCCACCCCCAGGAGACCCCCCCCGAGGACGAGGACCCCUCCCCGGGCGGGCCCUGCUGACCCCGGCGCCGCCGGGGGGGGGUCCUGGGUGUGGGAGGGGGGCUCCGGGUGCAGCCCCGCACCCGAAAUUCCAGAAUCUUCCCCCCAGCCCAUCCCCCACCGGCGGCGGAUUGAGGGGUGCGGGGGGGGGGGGGCAAUGCCAAUGAGACCCCCCCCCAAAAAAAGCUCAGAGGAUUUUCCCUGCCAGGUUUUGAGGCCGGGUUGGUUUUGCCAGAUUGAGGAAUAAGAGAUUUGUGAUUUAUGA